GCUCGCUCUCCAUCACGCCUCCCUCCGCACAGCGCUCAGGGUGGGCGCAGGGCCGGGCGGGGGGCGCGCACCCCGCGGGGAGCGGCAGCCGGCGCUCCUCCUUCCCGCGGCGCAUCCUCCGCCCCCCGCCCUCGCCUCUUGCGGGGCUGCCGCCGGGGUGGUGCCAGCAGAGCCGGCGGGCUCCGAGCCUCGGCAUGUGCUGAGCAGGGGCCGCUGCCUCGGCCGCUCCGCGCUCCGUGCCCCGCAGCCUGCCCGGAGCGGGUCGGUGCCCGGUGAGUGCGGCAGGGCGGGGCGGUGCGGGAUUACAGGUGUGCGGGUCAUACAGGGCUGGCUGGCUGGCUAGACACGUCCUGUUGAACGUGUGGGCACGGGGAGGGAGGAGAAGCCGUGCCGCCGUCGCGCCCGUGGGUGCCCAUAUGGUCGCGCCGCGCUGCUUUCCUCGAGCUGUGUGAAGAAAGUCUUCAGCCAUGGAUGUGUUCAUGAAAGGGCUUUCCAAGGCAAAGGAGGGAGUCGUAGCAGCAGCAGAAAAAACCAAGCAGGGUGUGGCAGAGGCAGCAGGAAAGACGAAAGAGGGAGUCCUCUAUGUGGGUUCCAGGACCAAGGAAGGAGUUGUUCAUGGUGUUACAACAGUGGCUGAGAAGACCAAAGAGCAGGUGUCUAACGUUGGGGGAGCUGUGGUGACAGGAGUGACGGCGGUGGCGCAGAAGACGGUGGAAGGAGCGGGGAACAUCGCUGCAGCCACUGGCUUGGUCAAGAAGGACCAGUUGGCCAAACAGAAUGAAGAAGGUUUCCUGCAGGAGGGAAUGGUGAAUAAUACAGGUGUUGCUGUGGAUCCUGAGAAUGAGGCUUAUGAGAUGCCUCCAGAGGAAGAGUAUCAAGACUAUGAACCUGAAGCAUGAGAGUCCUUUCCUUCCUAUCACCUGAAAUCUACUGACUACUAAAGACGUCCCAUCCUGUACGAGUGCUGAGUUCCAAUGUGCCCAGUCGUUACAUUUUUUUACAGUUUUUACAGUGUAUUUUGAAGUCUUCCAUCAGCAAUGAUUGGAGUAUCUGUGACUGCAUCCACCUUGUUUCAGCAUCUCACUCCUGCUGAAAUGAAAGCCGGUUGGCAGGGUCAUUGUUGUGCUGUGGAUAUUGUGGCUUCAAGUUUAAAAGUUAAAAAAAGAAAAUAUUAAGUAAAACACCUAAGUGUCUACUGCUUAUUUCUAAUUCUGUACAUGUUUUGUUGAUAGGCUGUCAGUAAUUUGAUAUUGUUUAUGAUACAGUUUUUAUUUGUUUCCUAUGACUAUUCUUUCUGUGCAGAGAUGAUUUAUUGUGAGAGCUUUAUAUA